UUUUGUUUCCUCACCUGUCAGUUCUGACACGGUGCGAGAGUCCAGCCUUGUCUCUUUUGUCCGAGAAACAGGUCUUCUUUUUUCCAGAAUAAAUGAUAAGCUUGUGUGGUCCACUGACACCUAACUGAGGACAUAAUUUAACACGGUCUUCUUUCUGCUACAGAGUAGGCCUGUGCAGGCAUGGAUCCCCUGGCAGUGGAUGAUGACAUUUGCAUCCUUAAACACGAGACGGCCUACACCGCUGCUGGCGAGAGUCCUGUAUCUGUGUGUCCCGGUGAUGAAUCUGUCGCCUCCCACUUCGCCCUGGUCACGGCCUACGAGGACAUCAAGAAGAGGCUGAGGGACACGGAGCGAGAGAAUACACUGCUGAGGAAGAGGGUGAAGCAGCUGGAGGAUAAGCUCUUCAGGCCGGAGGCUCCUCCAUCCGAGGGUCCUCAGUACGUGAAUAAGGCCUUCAGUGCUUACCGGGGUAUCUAUAUAGAGAAGGAGGACCUGCAGCUGGAGCUAAACAAACUGAAAAAGGAGAAGAGUGAGAGUGAGAGGCUGUUGACGGAGCAGCUGCAGGCCAGAGAGUUGGAGCUCCUGCAGCUGAGGACGGAGAUGGAGACCAGCCAAGGUACAGUGAUGAAGAGCCUGAACAGCCCUCAGGACUACUGGCAGGUGGACAGGGUCAGCACUGAGAUGAAGAUCCACAAACUGCAGGAGGAGCUGGAGAAGGUGACGCUGGAAAACAGCAGACUGCUGGAGACAAGUGGGGAGGAACCCCAUGGCCUUAACGGACCAGUCUUGGACCAGACAUGUGAUGCAAAUUAUAGUGCAAGGGAGAGGAGGAUGCAGCAGACGUACCAGGCUCUGUGCUGCGAGGUCACCCGUCUCCACUCAGAGCUGAAGCACCAAACCGGCCUGAUCAGGAAACUCAGGCCACUCCUCGCUGAGACAAAACAAGCUGCCUCAACAGUUCCAGUGCAGUGUCUGGACGACGUUGAAAAGAACACCCACCACCCAGUCUCCCGGGCAGCGCCUCGCCCCCCCGGUGCCCCCCCUCUCCCCUCAUGCUCCGGCCGCCCCUGCCCCCCCGCCGGCGUCCUGUCGGGCCCCCCGCUGCCGGACAGCCUGAGGGAGGACUGCUGGUACAACGGGCCCUGGCCCACGCAGAGCUGUUCGGGGGAGGCUCUGCUGGGCAGCGACCCCUUCUCCGUGGUGCUGCCCCCGCCCCCCCUGAACCAAGCCUCCCUGGACGACAGCUCGCGGUCCUUCCCCAGCCCCCCCAAACCCAGUGACGCCAUGUUCUGGGAGGGACACUCCGCUGCCUCCAACUCCUCAUCCUCAAUUGGAAACUGCUGUCCCAGGAGCCCCCCCCAAUACUGAGUGAGGAGAGGGGAUGGGGUCAUUAAAUAGUGAUGGAAAGUAAACGAAUGAAUGAACUCUCCAACCCUGCCACAUAGCUACCACCUAACCUGCCUUAAGUUGAUAAGACCACUCCUCUGGGCUGGACCUGCUGCUAGUGGGAGCCGACUGAGGCCGGAGGGGGGGGACACUCUGUCUCUGCACACCGCAUCGGUGGACAGAUCCGACUUUGCAGAUGAACAUUUGACGGAGAGACCCUCAGCAGAAUAAAAAGUGUGUCUGUGUGUGCAAGCAUGCAUACAAGCAGUUUGAUUUCUGUGUGAAUAUGAACACACAUCAACAGCGUGUGCCUGUGAGUGCAGAGCAGGGUGUGGGCGUCUUUGGCCUGCCUGUGUCUGUAUAUCGUCAUAAUAAACCUAAUAGGGCUCAAACGGGCCACUCUCUCCAUUCACUGCGGCCCCCGAUCACUGGGGCCACAGCAUCAUACUAGAAUUUUUAAACUCCCUCCAAUGCAAGUAUUUUUACAUUCGAUUGCUGUAAAGUAAACAGUAUGUGUUUACAUGUUUCUCUCAUGAUGGUGUGAAGGAAAUGUAAAGGUAUUAGGACUUUGAAAUGUGUACUGUGAUGGAAGCAAACAUACAGUGAUAAGGAUAAUCAGAAUUCUGUGACCAAAUGCCAUCUAUUCUUUUCUUCAAGUUGUUGUUUUCAUUCAAUAUCAAAGUAGGCUUUCAAUUUAGCUAUGCUUACCAAAUCAUUGAGGAUGUUGCGUAACGAGUAGCAAAUAAUAACUUUAAUCUAAAAAUGUAUUGCUUUCUGAAACGAAACACUGCACCCUCACUGGCACUGGAAAACUGUUUAUGAUUCUCACAGAACUGUCACAACUCAAGCCUCCUCAAACAUAUUCAGAGCUACUGUCAGACAAUACAUGUGUUUUCUUUUCUCAGUUGUAAAGGGACAUGUAAGAUGUAAAGUUGUGCAUUGUUGAUCAUUUUUCAAAUGUAAAGGACUCAUGAAAGAGGCUACAUACACUCUGAUGUAUUUGGAAAGCUGAAUAGGUUUGUGAGUUUAAAAAAUGUAUCUAAACUCUGUACUGUGCCGAUGUUGAUCAAUGAUACAUUUGUAAGUUAUAGUGUGAGGUGGGAAGUUCCUCUUUGAUUUCUCUUUUUAAGUCAGAUGAGUAUAAUCACCUGAAGGAUGUACAAAGGAAAACGCAUUAUGGGUUGAACAAAACAACGCUGAGAGAAGAAUGUGCAUAUUUGUAUAAAUGUAUAUGGUGGGCUUAAGUACUCUGCCAGACGCGAUUUUGCACUCCAAAACAUACUUUUGUUUUUUUUCUCCCCCAGCCCCAAAGCUUCUGAUGUGUAUAAGAGUUGUCUCCACUGGUGAAGACAAUAUGUCUAUAAACCUGAAGAAAAGUAAGCUGUGACUAAUAGGUGCACAAAGCACAAAGGCCCAUGGUGUUUUAUUUCCGUUUUCUUCAGUCUGUUCCAUGAUAACUGUGGUCUUUUUGUUCAUUUUUAAGAAAUGUUAUUUUACAGCAGUAGUUUGGUACUUCUGUAAACGAUUUGCAAACCAAAAUGCAAUGUACAGUAGAUAUGGAUUAUAUUUUAGAUUGACUGCACUUCAGACUGUUUGUAAAUAUACUCAAUUAAACAAAGGAAAGGAA